AUGGAUGAAAACAAUGUCACUUUAACGUUUUCUUAUGCUAAUGUCAGUUUGUUGUUUUUGUUGAUUCUAUUCGUGUUUCUAAGCACUUAUCUUCAAUCAAUUGAAUCUGAUUUUAGACUUGGUGCAAACUUUGCCACAUCAGGAUCCACAUUACUGCUGCCUAAUGCUUCUGUAUUUGCAAGUAGAACUAGUCCAUUCUCUUUGGCUAUUCAACUCAAUCAAAUGAAGCAAUUGAAGUCUAGAGUUGAUGAACUCUACUCCAUAGGUAAUCAGACGACGCUCGAAGCUAGACUGAAAAUGGAUGGACCUUCAUGUUCAGACGAAGCUCGAGUGAAGGCUGAGCUAAAAGAAGAUGGACUUUCACGUUCAAUGGAGAGGCGGUUUGACAAAGCUGUGCUACACGACUAA